AGCCACUACACUAUUUGUUGCAUGAAAACGCAAACGCUGUGGCAAUUUCACUUUCAUUCGCCGAACGUGCGCGUACCACGGCAGACGUGCAACUCACUUGCAACGCACGACGCGAAGCAAUAAACACUGAACGCAACGAUCCGUCGCGAUCAAGGAGCAACUCGAAGGAUAUUGCUAAAGAAGAGUGUUGAAGAAAUAAUAAUUAUUGUGUGCAAACAAGAAAGAAAUUCAAUGUGUUGCAAUUAAAAUUAUUAAAAAAUUAGUAUACAAACAACAACAAAAAAUAGCAACAAAAUCAUAAUUUGUUUUGUCACAAUUUGCAACUGCCACAGUUGCCAGCAGCUCUUGCUACAACAACUCGUUCGAUAUUUGCUGCGCUUGUUGCAUAUUUUAAUCUGCCACAUUGUGUUGCAGUUGUGCAGUGCUGUGCGGUUUUCUUUCGCAAUUUCUUUCGCGCUCGUCAAAUUUCUUUUUCACGGUCAUCAAAGUUAACACGAAAAUAAACAAAUUCGAUUUUGUUCGUGUGAUUAAUUUGUGAAACUAAGUGAAACGAUUUUUUUGAUUUUUUGUUGAGUUUAUGACACCCUGUGUAAGUGGUGUAGUGUGUGUGCUGUCCACAAUAACCGCUGAUUGUUUUGAGUUGCAGUGACAAUUACUCCAGUGCAUAGUGGCCUUACAUGCCACCAGCGAUCGUUUUUUUGUUUCUCAACAUUGUCGGCGUAUUUGUGCGCAAUUUAAAGCGUUGUAAUGUUAACAAAACUGCCGUUACCAGCUGUCAUCUGCGUAUUUUUAUUAACCGCAACAAUAGCAGCGGUAACAACAACAACCAACACCACAACAACCGCAAGAGUGCACGGUAUCGCCGAAAGUACAACAUCAAGGGGCAAAGCAACAACCACAGCGGAAAUAACAACAAAUGGAAAUGGAAGUAAAAGUGUGAGUAGAAGCAGAAGUCAACAAGAUGUCGGCACUACACCGCUAGAUACGCCAAAAUUUGGCAACAAAAUCAACGCCGUGUCAGAGGGUGUGCGACGUGCCGAGACGACAACUUCGCUACUACCGCUGCAACCACCUUUCAAUGUGACAAGCACCACAACAAGCAAUUUCCUCACACCAACGAGUGGCAAGAGAUCCGCCAGGCUCCAGCAGGGAAGCGCCACACCACCUCAGCCCCAGUCGGCAACUCAGGCACAAUUGCUUUCGUCCCAGCCCACGAAAUCAGGAACAUCUUCAGCUUCUGCUACAGCUAUAAAUUCGACGGAGCGUUCUUCAUUGACUCGCGCGUUAAGACAGUCAAAUGUCAAUGUGGAGAAUGUUGCCGUUGUUGUCAGAAAUGACAGUAACACAUUGCAACAUGACAGCACGAAAAAGGGUAUUCCAAAAGUCGUUGAGUUGAUGCCAGCGCCGGUUGUAGAGAUCUACAAUGAAAAUGAAACGAGCUCCGAUCCGAACAUUGAUAAAACUCUACGCCAAGGGCCGAAGACAAGCGACUACAUACAUUUCGAUAUAACUGAAGAAGAUGGUAACAUACAAGCAAAGGCGGCACCAACUCGAGAAACACGAAUGGAAACAGUGAACGAAGUGCUCUCCAAUCUCUUUCCGAAUGGCUUCACAGAUAUCUUUCGCUUCAGUUAUGCCUCAGAACAGUCGACGCCAGCGAGUAUUGCAACACCGGGUACAGAAGAAACGUCGAAACCCAUAUCUGCAGCAACACAGGAGACAACACCGGAGGCAAAGCUAACAACAGCGCCUAGUAGUACAAAAACAACUAUCACAACGACAACAGAGAAGGCAAGCGAAGCACCCACAAAAGCUUUUUACCGCUAUGAGACAAGUGUCUCCAAGGAAUAUAGACGCGAACUACGUCCCGGACAUACAGAGAUAGUGGUGGAGAAGCUACAGUUGUUGCCACGCAGCGCCAACGUCGGUAGUGAGGAGUUUAGUGAUGGCAGCAAUCUGAUAACCAAAGACGAUUUGUUGCGCAUCAAUCGUGCGGCCGCAGAUGCGCCAGUCUUACCGAGUUUGUUAAUGAAUCCGAGUCAAGAUAAUUCUAAUGGUACUACGGCGAAUCAGUCGAAAAAGCAGACACCAAUUAUUAUACUGAACGAUGAUGAUAGCGCCGACAUGGAGGGCAUAAGCGCCGAAGACAAUCUCAUUGCAGAGUCACAGAAUGUAGGUCAACGUGUGUAUCAGCGUUUGCCGUUGGAUGAUAAGCCAAGAUAUGGUUAUAAAGUGGGCGUACAAAGACAACGCCCACAACCCGAGUCGGAAGUGAACGUAAGAAUUGUGCACGACGAAGCGCCUAACUUGUCAGAUUCCAUAAGUCAACAACCGAUUUUUGUGCUGGAGGAACAGCAGUCAGAGCAACAAGCCGAGGAUGGCAAGGACGAGACAUUUGGAGAAACAUCAAAGCCCAGCCAACAACUCGACAACUUUCAGAAGCAUGCUGAACAGAGUUUCCAUCAGCUGAGUCCAAAACCGGAAGCACCUUCACGUCACUUCUUGCGCAACUUCAAUCCUGUGCUCUCGUCUGGUGGGACAGCCACCUCAACCCCGAAGGGAUCCUUUCACUAUGAAUCCAAUGCGCUACAGCCGAUCAUCUUCAUACAAGCUAAUAAGCAAAGUGCGGAAUCUGGUGCAGGUGCUAGAAAAUUUCAAAAUGUUGUCCAGACUGAGGGGGCGACUCAAGCUCAGAAGCAAUCGCCUCCACAGUUGCCACGCCUACCACUGCUGCAAUACGAUAAGGAUGCCGCGCAGAUACGCUAUGUGAAGGAGCAACAAAUUAUACAGCAGCAACAACAAUUACUACAACAACAACAACAGUUUUUGCUGCAACAGCAACAACAAGAGCAACAACGUCAGCAACAGCAGCGGCUUAUAAAACAACAACAAGACUUGCAGUGGCAAGAGAAGCAACAACAGCAGCAAAGGCAACAACAACAACAGCAACAGCAACAAGAAAUACAAGAACAACAACAGCAAAAAAUACAAGAACAGCAACUCCAACAGCACCGAAUACAAGAGCAACAACAACAGCAGCAACAAUUUUCAGCUGAUAAGCGGCAACAACAACUUGACCAAUCAACAUCACAACUUGAACAACAGCAACAAUUGCAACAGUUCUACCAAGAGCUGCAACAACGCCAACCACAACAUCAACAGCAGCAGCAGCAAGCAGUGCAUCAGCACUAUGCGAUUUACCAACAACAUCCGCCACCACAUGAGUACAAACAGACACAACAACAACAGCAGAUCCAAUAUGGUAAGCAACUUGAGCAGCAACAAGCGAUCGAGUUGACUCUAAAGUUGCAGCAGCUGCAAGAGCAAGAACAGAUAAGAAUGCAAAAACAAAAGCUUCAAGAACAAGAACAACUUAGAAUCCAACAACGACAACAACAGCAAAAACUAGAACAACUUAGAAUCCAACAACAGCAGCAGCAAAACCAAGAACAACUUAGAAUCCAACAACAGCAGCAGCAAAAACAAGAACAACUUAGAAUACAACAACAGCAGCAGCAAAAACAAGAACAACUUAGAAUACAACAACAACAAGCGCAGCAACAACAACAAGCACAAGAUGAAGCGCAAAGACAAAGUUAUCAACAACAACAUCAGUCAACGUCAUUUCAGUGGUCGGCCACACAAACACCAUCUCAACAGCAGGAACAACAACAAUAUUCCAGUCAGCCCAAAGCUUCUCAUCCAAUUUCUAAGCUGCACACCCAAAUAUCUGGUGAUUCCGUAGCCGCAUCCGCAUCCUUGGAUCAUCAGGCCUACCAUUAUCCUUUAGCUGCACCUCAAACUCAUAGGGCUCCAGCCACACCCACACCUCACAGCGUCGUCUUUGUUACGCUACACACGCCCACUUUGCAAUCACAGUCCAUUAAAGCACACACCUCACCACCCGCUCAAGAGUCUCAACCCGCUUACAGCCAGAAAUCACCUCAUGAAUACGUCUCGGCAGCGUUGAGUGGAGCGGCGAAAGCUCAGCCGACAAAACCUGUGCCACCAACACCAGCUGCGAUAGUUCGACGUCCACAUGGUGGCUACACAUUUGUCGAAGUACAAAAAUCUGUGAAUAUCCACAACAAACUGAUCACCGAGAAAGACGGCAAGUUGGUCGAAGAACACGAAACAAUUUAUCCAUUGCCACAGUAUCCAGCGCAGCAAUUUCGGCAGCAGAAGCAAUCAGUUGAGGCGCAAUCUUUACCACAACCGGCUGCGGCACCACCACAAUCGCACCAGCAAACGACACAGGCUUCAAACCCCGCUGCAUCGGAAGCGCCAGCAAAUCGAGCUGAGGUCCCAUAUACACACUAUCCUGUGCAGUAUGCGCAACAACUAUCACUGAUUGAGGAGGGCGUGCAUCCGACUGACUACUAUCUUGUGCCCAAGGAGUAUGCAUCGCUCGCGGCCAAUCCAAUUAAUGUGCAGCACAUCGAUGAGUCCGAACAGCAAGAGGAAGCUUCAUCUUAUGCUCACAUGCAGCAAGCUUUGCCACAGCCUAACCAUUCUCAGUCGUUUGCCCAUUCUCAUGGCGGCCACGAAGGCGGUCAGCAUCAGCAACAACCAGAACAUCCACAGCAGCAACAACACCCACAACAGUACGUGCAACAUGUACAGCAAAAUUAUGCUCAAGCACCCGAGACACAACAAGAUCCACACCCGUCACAACAACAAAUACAACAUGCUCCUAACGAACAACAUACUCAAGAAGUACAUCAUCAACUGCCACCACAACCACAUGCGGCAGAACAUCCGCCAGUUAUAGAAAAGGAGAUUGUCGAACAAGUGGUCACAAAGCAGGUUGAGAAAAUAGUUGAGCGUCCAGUACAUGUACCCUACCCAGUGCAUGUACAGCAAUACAUCGAUCGUCCAUAUCCGGUACAAGAGAUCGUCGAAACACACAUACCGGUGCCAUAUCCGGUGCCCGAACCAGUGGCCGUGCCAGUGCAUGUGGAACGCUAUAUUGAUCGUCCAUACCCUGUAGAAAAGAUCGUGGAGAAGCGCAUACCAUAUCCGGUAGAAAAAGUUGUCGAAAAGAUUGUGGAGAAAGAAAUUCCCAUCGAAGUUGAAAAAGUCGUUGAGAAGCUCGUAGAUCGGCCAGUACCCAUACCUAUACGUGUACCAGUCGCUGUACCCGUACCGUAUGCGCAACAGCCAUUACCUGAAUAUAAUGAAAAUACCGAUAUUUACGGUCCCGCAUACCAUCCACAUCCGAAUGCUCUCGGCGGUUGGUCCGAUCAUACUGGAUUAAGCGAUUACGGCGGACGCUUACCAACAAAUCUUCAGAUACCGCCGAAAGUUUUGCAAAACUACUAUACACGCAUGCUGAAGAAACUCUUGCCACAAGCAUUGGGACAUCGUGGUACGCCCUCAACUGCAUCAUCAACCACAAACACUGUUUACACCCACACACAGGCGCGUGCUAAAAAACCUACAACAAGCGCUGCGACCACAAAACAACCGAAGUCCGUCUCGCCCAGCAGCUCGUCAAACAAACAGCACUCAUUCAAGAUCGGCGAUAUACGUUUCGAUUUGAAGCCACCACCACCGCCACCAACUGGCCCGGAAUGGACGAAAGGUGCACGCUACAUUUAUAACACCCUCCCGCACGAUCUGCCAGUGGCCGAUUCAGACGACGCUGAACAGUUAACGGAAACAUAUAACGCUCCUUUUGGUGCACCCAACGAAGCCUACGAUGAGUUUCAACGCUGGCGCAAUGGACACACCUUGAAGCGCAGUCCGAACUUCGGUAGAAACUUACAAAUGGAAUAUGGUUUCAAGCCGCCACUGGUACCCUCUGUGGAGAUCAACGAUCAGGGUAUACCAUUGAAUGCCGAGGAAAAGAAGACGGAGCAGUAGUUGAAGGUCCGAAUUGCGACUAUUGCGGUGCAUAUAUAAUAUAUUUAUU